GUCAGGGCGUGGGUGGGGAAGGAUCUUACUUCCGGUCAAGAUGGCCGCGCCCGUGUUGAUCACGUGUCUGCAUCAAAAGCGAAGCGCCGCAAUUCCGAGUGAUCCGCAACUGGAGCUCUUUCGUUUUCUGGAGGACUGGUGAGCUGGGUGCUUUUUAUUGUGGGCGGGGGUUGCUGGAGAGAUGCGGGAGUGCAGUCCGAGGCUAUUCCGCCUUUGGGCAGAGUGGAGGGUCGCUGGUGAGAGCGUUUGAGUUUCCUUCUGCAGGGUUAAGGUUGUUGAGAGCUAAGUAAUUCUCCUUCUUGUGUAGGACUAUGGUAGAGCAACUGGUUUGCGUGCAGAAGGUCCCAAGUUGGCUGCUCCAGGCAGGACUGGGGGGAAUUCCCUGCCUGAAAUCCUGGAGAGCAGCUGCCAGUCAGUGUAGGUAAUACUGGGGUAGCUGGGCCAAGAGUCUGAUUCAGUAUAAGGCAGCUUCCUCGGCUUCUAUUUAAAUCAGUCCUUUAUUCAGAACCGUGAGGGCUGUAAUUUUUCUUUUUCUUCUGGGGAAAGGCUGUAGCUCAGUAGCACAGUAUCUGCCUUGCAUGCAGAAGGCUCAAUCCCUGGCAUGCCCAGUAGGGCUGGGGUAGGACUCCCUGCCUAAAAUCCUGGAGAGGGACAGCCAGUCAGGGCUCAUUCAGACUUCCUUUUGUGCCGUGUUUCUAGGCACAGGUCUGCCGCUCUUUUAUUUCGCAGCUUCUUUAUGUUCCAUAUGUGUCUAUCCAGCUUCUAUCAUGAAUGACACUGCUCAGGAGAAUAAAAGCAAAGGGCUGAAAUUUGCAGAGAAGCAACUGAAGAAGCAUGGCUGGAAGAAAGGUAAGUGGGUGGGGCUUGUUCAUGGGGAUCUUUUGGAUACAUUCAGCCCCCCCCCAUUAAUGUAUAUGUAUAGAACUGGAGCAACAUUAGAUUCAUCACAGCAUGGGGCAAAAGGAUGGGGUGGGAUGCGGAGAAAUACUAGUCAAAAUCUGUGUUUCAACUUCACACACACUAGCAGGGUGAGAAGCAGAAAAGUGCUUAUCUAAAGACCUUAAAGCUUUUGUUGGUCCAGUAUCAUAUUCUUUUUCUGUGUGUGUAGUGUUAUGGCAUGCACUCAGCUCUCGUUAUGAUCAGACCCCAUGUGCCAGUUAAAUACUAAUCACUGUUCUAGCUGCUUGCUUUUUUGGAAUGAUAUUUGGAACUCAUUGGCUGCAAAGAACUCUGCCUCCUGUUUGUUCUUUCUCCUAACUGUGACUCCACUCUUCACAAACUUUAUUUUAGGCAAAGGACUUGGGAAGCGAGAAAAUGGGAUCUCUGAAGCCAUAAAGGUCAAAGUCAAGUGUGACUCAGCUGGGGUAAGGAAGGUUAUGAUCUUGAGCCUGUGGGUUUAGAAAAGAUUAGGGAGGCUGAAUCUUUGAUCAGCAAGUUCAGUGGAGAAGGAAGGAGCUGGAAAAAAGGUCUUUAAAAGUGCUCCCUGUUGAUUAACAUAUUAUGGGUAUGAAGUACUCUUCAUCAGAGGCAAUGGACACUUGACUGAUUUAAAUAAGGAGCUUGAUCAUAGAAUAUAUUUCGUUUUAGCUAAAAUCGGUUGAGAAGUGUCUAUAGGUGUAGAAUUCCUGGCCAAAACAAGAAUAAAAUUUAAAAAAACACAGAUAGCUUCAAAAUGCAGGAGAGGGAGUCAUAAAAGGGAGGCAGUGGGCUACUGUGUAAUCGUCUCUUUGGUUUGGGAUAUGGUGUUGGCAGCCUUUGGGGCCCUGCGAACUUGUGGGCAAAAGUGGCUGUCACUACUUUGGGAGAGUCUACAGCUCAUAACUUCUGUUUCAUUCCAACACAGGUGGGCCACAACCCAGCUGAGCAAUUCACUUUCCAUUGGUGGGACCACCUCUUCAAUUCAUCUGCUGCUAACAUUGCUGUGGAGACUGGGCAGGUAAAGAGGGCAUACAACUUUGGGCUUUGGCAUUGUUGGAAGGCCCAGGGUUUUGUCAUGGUGUGGAAACUUAUACAGUAGGUCAGAGGUUUUCAACUUUUUUGAGUCCACUGCUCCCUUGACCAACUACAUUCUUUCUGCAUCACCCCUGUGGGCCUCAGGAGCCCAGUUAUGUCACCCCUUGCCUGCAGAGCUGGCAGCCUCUCGCCCUUUUUUGAUCAGCCUCCUCUCCCCUCUCCUCCUCUUCCCUGUCCUCUGGUCAGCCACUGCUGCUGCCCCUGGUUUCUGAGUUGCCCCCCUGCCCCAAAGAGAGGUGCCUCCUCACACUGCCUAUUCCCAACAGCAUGUGGUGAUUGUUGUUUUUCAGGCUUUGAGCUCUGAAUACAGCUGCCCCUCUCUUCUUCCUCCCCUCUAGGACGGUGUCAAAGUGAAAAAGGUAUCUGAGCAAGAUGGAGUGAUAACGAAUAAAAAGCCCCGUAAAGCGCAUGGGGAGAAGAACUUGGUCUAUGGGCGCUUUGUGAAGGUAGUGAGAUGUUAAAGAUUCAAACUUGUGGUGUUGAUGGUGGGGCUUGGCAUGUUUGGAAUGGUUUGUAGCUCACUGGAAGAGCCCCUGCGCUGCAUGCAGGAAGUUUUGGGCUCAGACACUCCCAGUUUAAAGGGAUCUCCUAUGGAAGGGCCAUUUCCAUUCAGAAUGUGGCUUAACAGUGAGUAAAGAUACAUUUUUGGCCACCUCUGACCCAUCUAUGCCCCACUUCCAGGCAGCUACAUUGACAUCUGGUGGAGAAGAGCCUGUAUAUGUCGUCUCCUCUUCAGACAGCGACAAAGAGGAUGAAGAUGAGCAACUGGACCUAUCUACAGCCAGGAGGUAACCAGGGGUUGAGAUUGGGUUGGGUUGGCCUAGAUCCACUUGGUUGGCAAAGAGGUCUAACCACACUUCCCGCCCCCUUUUUUUGGCCUUGAGGGGCUGUGUGUGUAUUCUCCUUAGCUGCAGGCUGCUCACUCCUUAAGACAUGCUUUUCUCUUUCCCAGGCUGACUGAUGAAGAGCUGGUCCAGGCCUGUGGAGGAAGAACAGCCCAUAAGUGAGUAUGGUAUGAGAGUUAGCUGAUGUGCCCCCAAUUUUAUGGGGAGGGUUGAGUUUUAACAACUUGGGCCAGUUUACCUGUGAGAUCGUCAUACCUCAUAUAUUCCCACUUGACCACCACUUUGAUCUGCGGAACUGGCAGAAUUACAGGUCUCACGUUAAUGCCCAUUCUGCGUUUGUAAGAAAUCAGGUUUUUUUAGUGUGGCAGCACCUACACUUUGGAACUCUCUUCCUAUUGACACCAGGUGGGUGCUUUCGCUAUACUCUUUCUGGCGCCAGCUAAAACCACAUUUGUUUAGACUAGCCUACCUAGAUACGUAGAAUGUUUACAUGUGUUUUAAUCUGUUCUCAGCUAACAGAUUUGCAUGUUUUAAAUGGCUGGCUCCACUGAUAAUUUUAUUGUUUUAUUCUGUUUGUAAACCACUUUGAGGUUUUGUUUUUACUGUCAAGUGGUAUAUAAAUAUUAUGAAAUAAAUAACGUGUUUAGAACAGCCUUUGCCAACCCUGUGGCCUUCAGAUUUUUUUACUACACCCUCUUCUUCCCCCCUCCCUUUGCUGAUGGGAGUUGUAGUUCAGAUUAUCUGUGUGGCACUAGGUUGAUUAAGGCCUCUCUGCAGCUAGAUGUGCAGUGGGUGGUAUUAAGUGCAUGGGGGUAGGUGAAGCUCUUCUCCUAUUUUCUUACACUGGCCACUGGUGGAUUAAGUGACACUUUUCCGCAAGCCAGAUUUGGCCCAUGUCUACCAGUUGGAGAACCUGGAGAAGUCAUGAGCAAAGUUCAGAAGCUUAAGAAAGCUUUGGUGGCUGGAGUUGCUACUGCCAUUCCCAAUGUCUGUUCUGUGCUCUCUCCAGAGGGGCUCGGCAUGGCUUAACCAUGACAGCAAAGCUGGCACGGCUGGAGGAACAGGAAAAAGCUUUCUUGGCUCGCUACGUCCAGCAAAAGGGAGGAAAGCAGGAGGCAACUGAGGCUGCCUUGAAUGGCAGCAGCCCACAGCAAAAGAAAGCCAAGAAACGCAAAGAACGAGAAGGCGAGGCUGCGGUUCAUGAGAGCUUGGAAGUGACAGUAGAUGAGGAAGAUGCCCGGGAAGAGCAAGAGGAGGAGAAACCCAACAAGAAGAAAAAGAAGAAGAAAAGGAAGCACCGGGAGGAUGGAGAAAGCAAGAAAGGACCGUUGGUAGAAAUUGCAGAGAAAUGGACAGAAAUGGUCAGUCACAGAGAGAAGCCAAAGAGGAAAUCAAAAUAAAAGUGGGAUGAUAGCAAAGGGAAUUGUGGUGGUGGUCUUCUGCUCGCUGAAAUUCUUAGAGCCCAGUUCCUGCUGGAUCCCAUCGCUGCUGUCCCACAUUAGAAACUUGCUGUGUCAACAGCACCCUCUGGCCCAGGGGUAGGCAACCUAAGGCCCAUGGGCCGGAUGUGGCCCAUUCGCCUUCUCAAUCCGGCCCUCGGAUGCUCUGGGAAUCAGCAUGUUUUUACAUGCGUAGAAUGUGUGCUUUUAUUUAAAAUGCAUCUCUGGGUUAUUUCUGGGACAAAGGAAUUCAUUCACCCCCCCCCCAUAUAGUCUGGCCCACCACAUGGUCUGAGGGACAGUGGACCGGCCCAUGGCUGAAAAAGGUUGCUGACCCCUGCUCUUGCCUAAGCUCAUUUGCGCACUUUGUGUCAUGGAGGCUGGUUGCUUAAUUUUUUUCUUGUAAAGAAUCGGCAGCUGGAAGAGUAAGGUGGCAAAAACACAAAGAAGCAGGGGGUUGUACAGUGGUGCCCCGCAAGACGAAUGCCUUGCAAGACGAAAAACUCGCUAGAUGAAAGGGUUUUGCGGUUUUUGAGCUUCUUCGCAAGACGAAUUUCCCUAUGGGCUUGCUUCGCAAGACGAAAACGUCUUGCAAGUUUGUUUCCUUUUUCGUAAAACCGUUCAAACCGUUGCUUGAAGAGGUGCAGUUGCAACUUGACUUCGAGGAGCAACUCAUAGCACGCGGUGUGGUAGCCUUUUUUGAGGUUUUUGAAGACUUUGGCGAUUUUUGAAGCUUUUCCAAAACUUCUUUUGCAGCCAUUUGGUAAGUUAAACUUUUAAAACUUUUUUUGGGUUUUUUGGAUUUUGGGUUGGGGUGUUUGGAAUUCAAGGACUUGGUGUUGGGGAGGGUUUGCAAGAAUCUGGAAGCUUGUGUGUUUUUUUUCUGCAUUUUUCUGAUUUUUUGUGACCAUUGGGCCACUCUGCUGUUUUUUAAAAAAAAUUCUGGGUUUGAAUUUCUGUGUGGUGGGUGGCUGGGGGAACAGUUGAGGAGGGGUUUGCAAGAAUCUGGAAGCUUGUGUGGUUUUUUUCUGAAUUUUUAUGAUUUUUAUUGUUCCUUCAAUUUUUGAAUUUAUAGUUCCUUCAAUUUUUGAAAUGCUCUUUACAGUAUGUGUGACUUUAAAGAGCACUUAAUAAACUCUUGUUGUACCAAA